CAAGGAAUCAUACGUGGAUCCCCAAGAAAAAACAUUAUACAGCAACAAUCAUGUCUACUAUGCCCCGGCGUUUAAGGAUCAACCGUAACUCCAGCAAUGAUGUCCCUGCUAGCCAAAGAGAAAACGCUCUAGUUGUCCGUUCCAGGAGACUUAAGGAUUGUCGCUAUUGCAACAUGGAUCAUCCCUUAAGGAAGUGCCUUAGGUUUAAGCGACUAUCGGUGCGAGAGCGUUGGAAUGUUGUUCGCAAGUACCGAUACUGUAUCAAUUGCCUUGCACAUUCGCAUUUUGUAAAGGAUUGCCGUUGUCGUGAUAGAUGUCGAGAAUGCCUUUCUGAACAUCAUACGCUCCUACAUACUUCCAGAGCAAACUGUCGCCGGCACAGACGAAACAACAAACUUCAACGAAAUCGUAAACGACAACAACAAUAUAACCGGCAACGUUCCUUACAAAUGCAAAACCGCUACACCUUAAACACUAAUGGAUCCGCACUGGGCACGUCUACAUCUGGUCCUACAAUUGUUAUCAACGUCACACCUAAAUAAACCUAUGUUUUUAUACAUAUA